AUGGGCGAUAUCCUGCCGCUCGAGCUUGAGGGCAACGAUACCAGUGAGACCGCCUCGGGUGCCGAACACUGCUGUGCCAGGAACACCGCCACCACAUCGACCACGGUGUUCAUCAGAAUUAGCAGAGACUCCAAGCUUCCAUCCUCUGCGUACUGCAUCCCGGAGGAGCCACUCAAACUGGCCCCAUGCACUCCCAAUCUCGAUGAGGCGUUCGAGCUUAGGAUGAUGCCAUGCCAGAUUGCACCGGCGUCCACCGACAUGGGGAAUGAGGAGAUGGUCAUCUGCCUUGUGCGCAUACGUGCAGUAUACUUCGUCCAAUGGCCAAGCCCCGGGGACGAGGUCCUUGGGACCAUGCUCGGACCAUUCAAACGAACGGGCAACGUUCCCCUGGCGAUCGAAGGGGAAUUCGGGCGGGUGUGUAGCGGGAUCGGCCAGGAAGACAACAUUGUGGUCUCCUCCUGCUGCAGAGUUUCCGCACCAUUCGGUCCCUGGGAAAAUGACAAACUCGCCCGGCUUAUUGAGCGAUGUGAUUAA